AUGGCAUUGCGUAAUGAAAAAUCUGCCCGCGAACCGUUCGAUAGCUGCGCUCCAUUAGCUAAUUGCCAGCGUAAGGCAGGCCACGUUAGGCCCUUCCGAGUCCUUAUGCUGGUGCUCCUGCUGGCGGGGCUCAUGCCGGUCGGCUGCGAUGGGCUUGUGGCGACCGCCCAUCCAAAGAUCGAACCCGUGCACCACCGAUGGAGCCGUUCGGAGGCGAUGGACCCGAACGGGCUGUUCACUCUGGAUUGGCACGUUGAGCAGAAGGACAUCGUGUUCACGGCCACCGCCAACACACGUGGAUUUAUGGGACUGGGAUUUUCCCACCGGUCCGAGCACAUGGUCGGGUCGGAUCUGGUGCUGGUUUGGGUGGACGAUCGCACCGGAAAACCAAAUGUACUGGAUUGCCACGGUUCCAAGGACAAUCACCAUAUGCCGGUCCAGGACGAUACACAGAAUUAUCACGUCGAGAGCGGAUUCCAGAACCUGACGCACACCAGCGUCACCUUCCGACGAGCGCUUGAAACAUGCGACCCACACGAUGUGAUCAUCGGCGCGGACACGAUGAAGAUUCUCUGGUCGUACGGUGACCGCGACCCGGUGGCGGGCAGCCUGAAGGGACACAGCGCAAACCGGGGUGCCCGGUCGAUCCACUUCCUCGGGCCAAUGUUCCGACGUCCGACCGAUGCCCAGCAGCGGGACGACAUGCGCCAGUGGGACGUCACGGUGAAGAACGUCUCAAUCGACGCCAGCAUGGACACGCUGUACUGGUGCAAGAUCCUGAAAGCACCAACGCUGCGCGAGAAGCACCACAUCAUCGGCUACGAGGCGCUGUUGACGAAGGAAAGUUCGACGAAGCAACCGCUUGUGCAUCAUAUGACGCUUUUCGAGUGCUCGACGAACUCCUAUCCCGGUUCGGACCCGAACUCCUGGGACGUGUGGGUAAAGAGCAGCGGCGCGGUCUGUAAUAGCAAUCUCCUGACGCCACGCGACUGGGACUCGUGCAUCACACCGGUGGCAACCUGGGGCAUCGGUGCUUCGGGCCAGUUCCUGCCCGAGCACAUCGGCAUCCCAAUCGGUGGGGAUAAGGGAGCCCCUAAAUAUUACAUGCUAGAAGUGCACUACGACAAUCCGAGAGCGAAGCGCGUGCUCGACCAUUCCGGCUUUCGCAUCCAUUAUACGCGCCACGUACGCAAGCACGAUGCCGCUAUGAUGAUAUCCGGAGUGUCCGUGUCCGACACGCAAAUGAUUCCGCCCGGUCAGAAGUUGUACCGCAACGUCGGUAUCUGUGGUCCAUCGUGCACUGGAGCGGUCUUUCCAGCGGAGGGCAUCAACAUCGUGUCGGCCGCGCUUCACUCACACGUCGCAGGAAGGAAGAUGAAGCUGCGGCACGUCCGUGACGGGAAGGAACUGCCUCGGAUCGUCGAAGACGAUAACUACAAUCACAACUUCCAGCAGAUCCGUCAGUUGGAAAAUGAAACCAACAUUCUGCCGGGCGACUAUCUAAUCACCGAUUGCGCCUACGAGACGGUUGGACGACGACGACCGACGCUUGGGGGGUAUUCAACCAAACAGGAAAUGUGCCUUUCGUUCAUCACGUAUUAUCCAAAAAUCGAGCUUGCCGGGUGCUACAGUAUGACACCGGUGAAGGAGUUUUUCGAAACGUUUGGUGUGUUUCAGUUUUACGCGAUGAACAUGACCGACGUAGAGAAUCUGUUUCUGUACAAUGGCAACAUACUCGAUUUGCUGCCGACGACCGUUUUUCCCAAUUUUGCUCCCGGCGGGGACGUGGACGAUGAACAGAACCAGCUAGCGAUUAAGGCGUUGCAGAACGCAAAAGAGUACAGCAUCAUUGAAGAAGAGGAUGUGUUAUAUAAAGAGUCGAUAUUGAACAAGUUGAUCAUUUCGGAUCCUGUGGAAUUCCACGAUCGUACCUUUCUGUCACACUUGAACCAGUUACCGUGGUCGGAGCCACUCUUCACGCGGCGCGUCGAGCAGAGCAUCCUCACUGGCAAGCACAUGACGUUCUGUCGAGUGUCUAGCGAUUCAAUUUCUGUGGCAUCAGAAAUUUUCAAAUAUCCCAUCUUUGAUACGUUCGUCAAGGCACCAAGUCAAUGUCCGUACCAUUUGUUCAUGGAAUUCGCUGACCACGCCUCCACGGCCCCCAAGCGUAUGUCCAGCACUAAGCUCCUUAUGCUUGCCCUAUUAAUCCUGUACGGGGGGCGCUGA